CACAGAAGGAGAAUGUGGCCCCCAGCCUGACCAAGAGUUUGGUCCCUCCCCCCCUGCGGGUGCCCCGCAAGGACCCCCCGAAUUCAGAGGCCCCCGGGAAGGGUCUGCCAGGAGCCGGGCGGGUGCCCCUGGAGCCCAGCAUGCUGCCAGCCCCUCCCCCACCCGUCCGGACGUUCUCCCUGGAGGAUUUCGAGGUGGGCCGGCCCCUGGGGAAGGGAAAGUUCGGGAACGUUUACCUGGCCCGGGAGCGGCGCUCGGGGUUCCUGGUGGCCCUCAAGGUGCUCUUCAAGUCCCAGGUGGAGCAGGAGGGGGUGGAGCAUCAGCUGCGGCGCGAGAUCGAGAUCCAGGCACACCUCAGGCACCCCAACGUGCUCAGGCUCUACAAUUACUUCCACGACCGGCGCCGCGUCUUCCUCAUCCUGGAAUUCGCGCCCCGAGGGGAGCUCUACAAGGAGCUGCAGCGCUGCCGGCGCCUGAACGCCACCAGAACCGCCACGCUGAUGGAGGAGCUGGCGGACGCGCUGCUGUACUGCCACGGGCGCAAGGUGAUUCACCGCGACAUCAAACCCGAGAAUCUCCUGCUCGGCCUCAAGGGGGAGCUCAAGAUCGCGGAUUUCGGGUGGUCCGUGCACGCCCCCUCCCUCAGGCGCCGGACGCUGUGCGGCACGCUGGAUUACCUGCCCCCGGAGAUGGUGGAGGGCAGCAGCCACGACGAGAAGGUCGACCUGUGGUGCCUGGGGGUGCUGUGCUACGAGCUGCUGGCCGGGCACCCGCCCUUCGAGAGCCCCUCUGCCGCCGAUACCUACCGCAGGAUCACUCAGGUGGACCUGCACUUUCCCCCCGCACAUUCCUGA